UACGUCGAUGUUGUUUUUUUGGCUGUACCUACCUAGCUACAGUAACGUUAGCUAGAUCAUUUAUCAGUUAGUCAGAAAGGCGUACCUGUAGCUUUUUGAUAGCAAAUAAUCACCAUAUACCGUGCAGAUGGCAGACCCUGCGGUGAUGGCGGGUGGAUUCAGUGCUGUAGUAGGGCGUUCAGGGGGUGGUAAGGCGACGUCCAGUCCGGCAGAGAACUACCAGCUUGCCCGGCGUCGCACCCUCCAAGUGGUGGUGAGCUCGCUGCUGACAGAGUGUGGGUUCGAAAGCGCAGAGAAGGCGGCCGUGGAAUCACUCACGGAGAUGAUCCAGAGCUACAUAUCUGAAGUGGGACGUUGUGCCAAGGCGUACUGUGAACACACAGCCAGAAUCACACCCACCCUUUCUGACACUGUGGUCACACUCAUUGAAAUGGGUUUCAAUGUGAACACUUUGCCAGUGUAUGCCAAGAGAUCACAGAGGAUGGUUAUAACUGCCCCUCCAGUAACAAAUGCUCCUGUGAUCCCGAAAGCCUUGAUCGCUGGACAGAAACGCACUCAUCCCUCCCACAUACCCAGCCACUUCCCUGAGUUCCCUGAUCCCCACACCUACAUCAAAACUCCAACGUUUCGGGAGCCUGUGUCAGAUUACCAGGUGGUGCGAGAGAAGGCAGCCUCUCAGAGGAGAGACGUGGAGCGAGCUCUCACACGCUUCAUGGCCAAGACCGGAGAAACACAGAGCCUUUUCAAGGAUGACAUCACUGCCUUUCCUUUGAUCGCAGCGCGGCCCAGCUCCAUCCCAUAUCUCAGUGCACUACUGCCUUCAGAACUGGAGCUGCAGACUUUGGAGGAGACGGACUCCUCUGAACAGGAUGACCAGACCGACAGCGAGAACACGCCAUGCAACAACCUCAAUGAUGAUCCUGGAGCUGAUAAGGAGAAUUCCAUGCUGCCCCCUGGGGGUGUGGUUCCCUCAGUGAAGGCCAGUGAAGAAAACAUGAUUGACAAUCCAUACCUGAGGCCGGUCAAGAAACCCAAAGUGAGGAGGAAGAAGUGAACGUUUACUACACUUAGCUACUAAUUCGGACUUCUAUCUGUCAGACACAACAAAGGGUCAAUUGUAAGAAGCAGUCAACGGUUCUGUGCCUCUGAGAAGUGGACCCACGUGGACAUCUGGAGUGAGGGACUCUCACCUGAACUUUCUACAGGGCAAAUACUGCUCAAUAUGACUUUCUUCACUAGUUCCAUUCAUGAGAAAACAAACAUUUUGCUAUUCAUUUUUUUUUUUGCAGAUUUGUGGAGUGGUUCUGUCAUGAAAGAAAAUAUGUAACAUUUCCAAAUUAUGAGUUCAGUCAUUGAUAAAUAAUGAGUAGGAAAUCAAUGUUUUGAUUUGUAUUUUAACAUGAAAACCUUUAAUUUACCCAAAUGACACAUUUUAGCCAAUCACCAAAUACACAUGAGGGCAAAAAUCCGGCAACUUUAUUGUCUACUUGUAUACCUGGAGAGAAUGGUGAAUAUCUAUAUUAAAGCGGCUAUAUAAAAACACUA